CUCCCUCUGCAGGCCCCUCCCCUGUCCUCCCCUCUGCUCUGUGGAUCAAGUUCUGCUUCCUGCAGAGCCCAGCCUUGGGCCCUCUCAGUCUAGCGCUGUGGAGUCCUGCUCCCCAGGCCUCCGUGGGCCCAAAGGGCACUUACCUGGGGACUGGAGACAAAGACUUCCUGCGAGCUGACAGCCCUGCUAACCCCUCCUCACUGGCUCCUGCCGCACUUUCUCUUUCUCUUUCUCACAACGAGGCGGCAGGAAGGCCAAGUGCUGAAGCUGGUCCUGCUGGCAGGGGUCCCGGGACAGCGGCCAGGGAAUGAGGGGUCCUGAGGAGGGACAUGGAGCCUCCGCGAGGCUGGGGGCCGCCGCCCUGGAGCCCAGCACCCAAGGCUGACGCCCUGAGCCUGGCUUUGUGUCUCCUCCUCCUGGGGUCCCCCCGCUACACCUUGGCAAUGCCCCUGUGCAAAGAGGAGGAGUAUCCAGCAGGGGACGAGUGCUGCCCCAAAUGCAGUCCAGGUUACCGGGUGAAGCAGGCCUGUGAGGAGCAGACUGGCACAUUGUGUGCUCCCUGCACGCCAGGGACCUACACGGCCCACCUCAACGGCCUGAGCGAGUGUCUGCCGUGCCGAGUCUGUGACGCAGAGUGCUCACCACCGCCUGUGCUGCCCUUGCUGCUGCUCUCAGCUCUUUCUCUUGGAUCCCAGCCAUGGGCCUGGUGGUCAGGCGGCAGUGCUCGAGCACAGAAAACACCGAGUGUGGCUGCGACCAAGGCCACUUCUGUGUCAGCGAGGAGGGGGACGACUGUGUCGAGUGCCGGCCCCAUGCUGCCUGCAGACCGGGCCAGAGGGUGCAGGAGAGAGCCGUCUCCUUUCUCAGGCACCGAGUGGCAGGACACGGUGUGUGAAGACUGCCAGCCUGGGACCUUCUCUCCCAAUGGGACCCUGGGGGAGUGCCAGCCCUGGACCAAAUGCAGUGGCCCCUUUGAGACGGAAGUGAAACCUGGGACCAGCAGCACAGAUGUCACAUGUUCCUCCCGGGGCCUCAGCAUUUUUGUGGGCGUUCUCGUCGGGUUUGUGUUUUGUGGCCUCGUAGUCUUCGGGAUACGGAUGAAAAUCAGAAGGGCGGCUGAGGGACCCGCUCGGGUGAGAGUCUUCUCUCAGUGGAAACGGCGGCGUGCGGAAUGGGAAGUCACAGCUGCCCAGGCCCAGCAACUCAUGCCGGAUGUCACCACGGUGGCUGUGGAGGAGACAGCAUCCAUGUUCACUGAGAGGGACCAACAUGCUGGCCAACAGCCGCAGGUGCAGCCGUCUGAGAAAUCUCAGACUGCGCCUGCUGAAAGCUGCCAGGCCCUCAAGGGCUGAACGUGGGGACCAGGAGAGCCAACGGGACCCACUCCGGGGCUUGCUUCAGACUCUGUCCAGCAGAGGGAGAGACAGGCCACUGCUCAGGGGGCUUUAUGGACCCCACACACCUCCCCACCAAUCACAUUCGUGUCCUGAGCCCUCCACUCACCCCUGUGCUGACCCCGCGCUGACCCC